AUGGCCGCCGUGGCUCACCCGACGCGCCCGCAAAUGCACCGCAACUCGCCCUUGUCGAAUUUUGGAGCACCAUACGGCUUCUCCGCCGACGCGCCCAUGAUCAAGCGCAUCGAUGUUGGCGAUGACAGCGACUCCGAUGACGAGCCCCCUCCGGCCCUCAAAUUCUCCAAAUUCACGCAGGAACUCCUCGCCGAUGCCCAUUCUUCGCCCAAACAUGAAGUGUUGGGCGAGGCGCAGCGCUACAAUCGGUCCAUCAGCGUAGGAAAGGCGGGUUUGGACACUCCCAGCAGGGCACCAGGGCUCAAGAUCAUACGGCGCAGCUCCCCCUCAGCGCCUACCACCUCUGGGGCCCGGGAACGAGGACAUACACCACCACGUAUCGUACAUCUAGGCGCGAAAGGGACUGGCUCCGAAAAGCGAUCCAUCAGUGUAUCGGGACCCUAUCAGCAGCGCUAUGGGACGCGACGGGAGCCCACACCCGAAAGUAAUGACAUCAGAUCUGAAAUUGUAACGCCCGCGCAGGCUCCGCGAGCCACACGCGCAACUCGCAUGCGAGCGAGCAGCAAUGCCUCGCAGGACGACCCUGCGAAUUUUGUAUCAUCCAACAGCAGGCCCGGCUCUCGUAAUGCGUCUCGUGGACCCCCGGACACGAAUGAGAGGAAAACUUACGCGAUCGAUCUCGGUCGUAAUACAACUACACAACAGGCUCCAGAGACAAUAUCGAGAUAUGGCGCAUCCACUGCAACACGUACACGCAACACUUCUGUAGAGGCAGCUUUGCCACCUGGAUCUACGAGGAUCAAACGGGCGCCUAUUGGGACUGGGUCGUUUCUGAAAAGUGGACCUGUACGGCGCGGCUUCAGGCGAAGGGACAGCGAAGACAACAUUUCGCCUAUCGAGGACGGACCCGCCGGCUCGUCUUCCCAGCCAAGUGCCUCGAGCUAUACGCCGCAAGAUAGAAGUUACUCACAGAUUGACAGCGCGAGGAGUCGAAGCGGGAGUGCCAACACCCGCGCGACAUCUGUUGAUCCCAUAUCAGUGCACGAUUUCGCUCAGCAACACCAUGGCAACGAAUCUAGACCAUCGUCACGUCAAGGAAACUCUUAUUUCUCCAGAAGUCAAGCCAGUGUCGACUCCCGACCUGCGUCGCGACAAGCUAGUCAUGAGCUUCCAAGGAGUCGUCAGCCGAGUCUUGAGCGCCCGCAGGUCAGAAGACAGGCAAGUGUACAGCAACUAGACAUGGCGGCUGCGCCGGCAGUACAGCAUCACAGACGGCCCAGCAUGGAUCCUAGCCAUGCAAAGCCAGUCCUGGAGCAAAGAGCAGCGCAUCGGGCGCCCAGUGCAAGUCGGCCGGCUUAUCGCCACGCUGCGCCCAAGGUCACUACGGAUGCCUCGGAGGAUCAGGAAAACAUGCCCCCUCCGACGUUUAAACGGAAUAAGGACCAAGAGUUCAAGUACUUUGGGAAGCCUUCCAUGACAGUCAUGUCUGAUGACGAAAAGCCCAAAGUCGCGUCCGUUCAUGAAACUCCUGUGCCAGUUCCGCAGCAAGAUCAAAGGAAGACCCUGGGAGCCAUCAGUGGCAACACUCCCCAUCGAGCGGCGCCUGCUCCACCACCAAAGAUGAGUGUCUUGGACACCGCCACCACAACGGCUGGUGCAUCAACUGCAAAGUCUCGGAAAAAGCGAAACCAUAUGGUUGUCAAUGGCAAGAUCUUCACUGCAAUGGGCAAGAUCGGCAAGGGCGGCUCCAGCGACGUCUAUUGCGUAAUGGCCGAGAACUACAAAACCUUUGCCCUGAAACGGGUGRAGCUAGAUGAUUGCGACGAGCAUGCCGUGCGUGGCUACAAGGGCGAGAUUGAUCUUCUCAAGCAGCUCACCGAGGUGGAACGUGUGGUCAGGCUGUUUGAUUGGGAGCUCAACGAUGACAAGCAAGAGCUCCUUGUAUUGAUGGAGAAGGGGGACACUGACCUCAGCCGCAUCCUGACACUUCGGCUAAACGGUGUCGAUGCUCGCUUUGAUAGCGCAUUCACACGCUAUCACUGGAAAGAAAUGCUGGAGUGUGUCCAAGCGGUCCAUGAACACGAUAUUGUGCACUCGGAUCUGAAACCCGCGAAUUUCCUGCUCAUUCAAGGAAGGCUGAAACUCAUUGAUUUUGGCAUUGCGAACGCUAUCGACACGGACAACACUUGUAACGUGCACCGGGAGUCACACGUAGGAACGCCCAACUACAUGUCUCCGGAGAGCAUCACCGAUACCAAUGCUGGUGAUGGCAGCAAGGACGAAGCUGGACGGCCAUUGAAAAAGGACAUGCGCAUUGGCAAGGCUUCUGACGUCUGGAGUCUGGGGUGUAUCUUGUAUCAAAUGGCGUACGGCCGGCCCCCUUUCGCGCACAUUCCCAACCAGAUCACACGAAUCAUGGCCAUCACAAACCCCAAGCACAUAAUAGAAUUCCCUGAGACUGGUGUUGGUGGAGCUACGAUUCCACCUACUUUGAUCGGCACGUUGAGGAGGUGUCUCAAUCGGGAUCCCGAGAAGAGGGCCACAAUCAAACAGAUGCUCGCAGAGACAGAUCCAUAUCUCAAUCCCGAGGGAACCGGAGCGGGAUCCGUGUUAAUAAGCGAGGAUCUGCUGGGCCAGAUCAUAAACAAGGUCAUCGAUCGUUGUCGGGACAAGCGCGGCGUGCCGGGGCCGGAAGAGGCAGCUCAGUACCCCAAGAGUUUCUUGAAUAGGAUCAGAACCAUGCAAGAAGCUCGAUAA